CCCAAGUCAUGGCUUAAUUAGGCACAUAUUAAUUGUAUUCCGCAUGUUGUUUUUUGUAGAGCCAACUUCAUGAACUGGAAUGGUGAAAAGGAUGUUGAACUAUUACGCGAAAUGGCUGUGACAAAUCCUUUUAUGCAUAAAAAGGGAACCAGAGAGCGAGGGCGUUUAUGGGAGAAUGUUGGAGAAAAUCUGAACAAAAUAGAUGGCUACAAAGUAGAUCAGCGUAGCGUAAGAGAAAGGUGGGCAAAACUACGGAAGAAUUUAUUGAAGAAAAAUGCAAAUGAAAUAAAGGCCUCUGGGAUAUCCCCGGAAAUGUCAGAAAGCGAUGUACUAGUCGAAGAGUUAAUAAACCAAGAAGAUGAUGCAGAAAAGAUAGAGUUGAAAAAUGAUGAAGAGAAGAAAAAGCAGGAUGGAAUAGCGAUGCGAAAACAGGCAAUGGAGACUUUUGCGGAGACCAAAAAAAGAAAAAAAGAAGAAAGUACCGAUUCAGAAGAAAAGGAUAAGAAAAGAAGAUCAGGUACUGACACAUUGAAAUUUCUCCAAGAGAAAAUGGUAAUUGAUGCAGAGUAUAGAAAACAAGAGCUAGAAAUGAAGCAAAACGAGUCUGAACAAAGGAUGAAAGCAGAGCUGGAAUUAAAACGCGAGGAGAUGGAACUGAAGAAAAAGGAGUUGGAGGAGAGAGCAGAGAGAAGGAAAAUGGAUGCAGAAAAAGAGAAAAGAGAGGCAGAAGAUAAAAAAAAAGACAGAGAUGUAAUAAUGGAGCAGUUAAAGUUACAGAGCACCCAAAUGAACAUGCUCAUGCAGUUGUUUUUGAGUAAGGAGAAGUAAUAUCUAGCUAUCAAAUAAGUGGACAGGUAUUUUCAAUUUUUAUCUGGCUCUUGAGUUGAACAGGCUGUUGGUCUUGCGAGUACAGUACAGUAUUAUGUUUUCGACUGCUUGGACAUGUCUACAUUAAAAAAAAUACGUAAAAAAAAAAAAUACAGUAGAAUUAAAAA